AUGCAAGCGGGCCCGGAUAGCACCGCGGUCUCAGAGGCCCCAAGUAGUGGGAGCGAGGAUUCUGAUUGUGAAUUUGGUCCAGAAACCGAAGAGGCCUCUUUGACUGAAGAAUGGGCGCGAGAGCUUCUUAUUGACUCGGGCGUGGUCGAACCACAAGAGAUUCGUGUAGAAUCAAGAGCUGGUGUAGCCGGAGCUUUAAGCAGAGUAUUAGCCGUAACAAUUCGUUAUGAAAGCGAUGGAGAGAGACAUUCAUUACCUCUGGUCGUAAAACUUCCACCACGGGAUCCAUUCGGCCGCCUCUUCGUAGCCGAAGCGCAAUUUGACACCAGAGAGAUACUUUUUUACACGGAAUUAGCUCCGGCGUUAAAUAAAUUGGCUCAGGAGGCUAUUGGCCCUGACGAGGGUUUACCAAUACCGCGAUGUGUGAAGGCGAGAUUACCAGAUGAAAUUGGUGGCGACAGCGAGCUUGUAUUGGAAGAUGUGACGGCAGAAGGUUUCGAAUCUGCUGAUUUCGCCGAAGGUUUGACAGUAGACCGAGCAAGAGCAGCCUUAUUCGCCGCGGCCAGAUUACAUGCACUCUCUCUAGCGUUACGCGAUAGAGAAGGACCGCUUGAUCAGCGGUUCGACUUCCUUUUCCCUUGCGAAAGAGCCGCUGCUGGAUACCUUCGUUUAGUUCGAAGAGGCUUACCGCAACUUGAAGCAUUCCUACGCGGGCGGACCGACUGCGUAGAUGAAGCUGCCGCCGUAUCCGCCCUAAGUGCUCGAGCACCUUCUCUUCUCGGCACUUUACUCAGACCCGCAGAACCAGCUCCUUUAGCACACGCAGAUUUCUGGAGCGGAAAUCUUCUCUUUCGAGAGCGAGAUGGUAUAAGCGAAUGUGUAGCACUAGAUUGGCAAAUGGUAUCACUAGGUAGACCGAUGGAUGAUGUAGCCCUGUUGCUUCUUUCUUCAUUAACGCCAGAGUUGAGAAGGUCGGUCGGGGAUACAUUGAUUGAGGAUUAUGGUGACCGUUUAGAGGCAGAAUGUGCUAGAUUAGGAACUUUAGCAGCUGGAGUAACUGUGAGAAGAAGUUUGAAACAAGACUGGCCCCGCGCGGCGUUGAGAGCUCUUCUUCUAUGCGCUGGGAGUGUUGAUGUGGCUUUGGGAGAGCCUCGGGCUGAACAGCGACUUUUAGAAGCAGUUAGAGACCUGUAUGCUCAAGGAGUUCUCGAUUUAAAAUCGGACUCAGAAUCAUGA